AAAAUAUAUUGUUGUUUUAUAUUUAAAACAAAAUAAAAUAAAAUCAGUUCUUACUUGGGAAUCGAGAUAGUAAAACUUAAUCAGACAAAUUAGGUCAGUUUUCGUGGAAAUUGAUAACGACCUAAAUCACGAGUAUUCAUGUACGUACUAGAGCGAUGUUGCUGCUGCCACUACUAUUAUCGUGUUUUUUUUUUUUUUUUUGGGGGCACCCAUUCGGCUUCAUGAAGCUCUUGAAGUUGAGGCUAAGAAAACUUCAGUGAAAGCGAUCCAAGGCUUGUAGAUUACUCAGAAGUCGAUCUUUUGUGGGAUGUGGCCGACACUAUAUUACUUCGGAAGAGUUGUUCUCAACCUCUGAAGAACCAGAAGCAAUGGAGAAGAUAGGCUUGUGUCCACGGAAUAAGAUUCUGUUUCAAUGUGCUAUUCUGUCAACCGAGAACAGGGAGAAGUUGUAGAUUGAAGAGUUGGCAGAAUAACAGAGUGACUCUGAACAAGAGGGAUGGGUGGAUAUGGUCACAAUUUCCAUGGCUAUUCCGCCUUCACUACUAUGGGGUCAAGGACAGGUGAAAUAUUUGGACCCGUUCCGCUUUUUCCAAACUCAGUCGUCAGGCCAGAGGACUACUACGACUACUACCCCUACGACGAUCAUGCUCCCAGAAGGACAUCAGUCCCUGUUACUACAAAACCUUAUGACGACGACUUCAAACAUGGCUUUCCAACGAAGGCUUACCCCGCCGGAUAUGAUGAUGAAUGGCACAGGCAGAUUAAUCCGGUUCUUGCUCAUAGUCGCCCACGGGGAGGUGACGAGUUGCUUCCAAGAAGGACGGUGGUUCCGGUAGCUACCAGACCUUGCGUUGGCUAUGAGUGCCCAAACAGCUCUCCGACAAAGGCGUACCCCGCCGGCGACGAUGACGAGGAUUAUCGCCCACACAGGGAUGAUGAGUUCCUUACCAAAAGAGCAGGGGUACCGGUACCAGUUGCUUCCAGAACUUCAGGCGUGGAUGAGUAUGGACAUGGGUCUCCCAAGAAGGCUUAUCCUGCAAGAGACGACGGCAAACCCCAUGAAAUGCCUCCCAAACGAACAGUGGUGCCGGUUGCUACCAGAACCAAUAGUCGCGAAUGCGAACGUAGCUCUCCGAAACAUGAUAUUCAUAACAAAUGGCACGGCACACAGAAAGCUCCAGCUAGCCAACCAGUCAUUUGGACAGAGUGGCGUCGGCCCCAACGUUCAGCUGCAUAUAGUGGUAACGAGGAAAAUAGUACCAACAGGGGUAGCGAGCCGAUAAUUAGUCAAGAUUGGAGUUCAUCCCCCCGAAAGGGGACCCAACUCGGUGAGGCCACAGAUGAUAUUGAUAAGGUUGCUGAGAUGUUCAUACAAAAGGCAAGAGUUGCCCGUACUCCAGAAGGAGAAUACAAAGCCCCCAGGCCCAGUGCAAAGAACCCUUUUCCAAUUCCAAAUUAUGAUUCCCGCGAUCGCAGAAACUUGGGUGUGGAUCGGCCAACCCCAACUUCCCCAAGUAGUCCUUGCCGUGGCAGUCCCAUCGACGCCAGCGGUCGCAUCCCAACCAUAGACAGCAGGGAAGCUAGGAGGAAAUAUAACGGCGAGAGGGUCUGAGAUGAAGGCGAUUCUCUCGUCUUGUGUUUUCUUUUGUUUUUACCAAGUUGAUGCUUGUGGUGUGUGGAAGCCUAGGCCGCGUGAAAAGGCAUUAAGGUUGGAAUAAAUUUGUGUAGUUGCUGUGCUUGCUUAUUUUCAUGCUUCCUUUCCAAAUGGAAAUCUCUUGACAUGUCCUGGAAAGCGAGGUCUGCAUAAGCAGGGUCCCGGACCCAGUCCAUCAAUUAUAAUAUAGACCCACUACCAAGGAAGCGGGUAGGCGAGCGGAUUCAA